CUAUUUCCUCGUGGUAUAGAGUUUCAAGAGCUGAAGAGGUCCUUCUUCUACUUCUCAUGGAGCAAUCAUCAUCAUCAUCAUCAUCUCACAGGAGGGGACUGUUGAUCGCAGCCGUGCUCGUGAAUUCGCUUCUCUUCCCAGCUUGCGGCGGCGGCUGCGCUCCGUCUUCCUGCGGCGAGAUCCGCAACAUCAGCUUCCCUUUCCGGCUGGACACCGACCCAGAAGACUGCGGAGACGAUAGAUACACCCUGUACUGCGACAGCAACGCCACCGUGCUCCGUCUCUACUCCGGGAGGUACUAUGUGCGCGCCAUCAAUUACAGCAACUUCACCAUCAGAGUCGCAGAUGUCGGUGUUCGUGACGGAGAUUGCUCCUCCUUCCCCAUUUUUCCUCUGACACGAAACAAUUUCAGCGGCGGAGAUCCUUACGGCCUUUACCAUUGGAACCAGACAAGAGAUUCCUCCUUCUCAAAGAGUAUGGUCUUAGUGAGCUGCCCAACUCCACUGGGUUCUUCCUUUGUUGACUCUUCUCCUUGCUUGAACUCCGAAAACUAUUCAACCUUGAACAAGUAUUCGUACCUAGUUGAUGGAGACCGAACUACUUUUGGGGAUUUGAAGGAGCAGUGUACCAUAGAGAAGUCAGUUUUGAUUCCUCCAACCACGAAUUAUACGUCCUACGAAGAGAUGCACCGAGGUCUUGUGUCUGGGUUUGAACUCACUUGGUACAUGAUCAACUGCGACCGAAAGUGCCAUACUUUUUGCUAUUUAUACGAUGCCAGGGGCAGUCCCGUCCCCCUUCAGUAUAUAUGUGUGAACUCCACGGCUUCUUCCAUUUGGGAGAUGAUGACUAUCAAUGCAGACGAGUUGGUGUGUACCAGGAAUUUUGGUUUGACACUUUCGAAUUCUCCAGCUUUCAUCCUAGGAAUUAUAUAAAGGAUGAUAGGAAUUGUUGAGAUAUUGUUUAAACUAAUUAAAAUGAAGAAAAAAAAGUGUCAAAGGUGAUGCGGCAAGAUUGAGGCAGUGUGUGUGUGUGUGUGUGUGUACCUACUCUUGUUUCAGUUAUUUAUGGUUCUGCUCCUAAACACACUUUGUUUUUUCACUCCCCAAUGAAGGUGAUACCCACGUUUUUGGCAUAAUUAUUGAAAUAUUGAAGACAUUGAAGGGAUCAUAUUUGAGCAUAAUCUAUGUGAUUGGUCUUCUUCAAGCAACAAAAACAACAUUAGGGACUCCAUUAGUAAUUGCAUUGUUGAUCUACAAAUGGAGAAGGAGACAUUUAUCGGCUUAUGACAAAGUUGAAGAAUUCCUACAGAAACACAACAACCUUAUGCCAAUAAGGUAUUCUUACUCGGAGAUCAAGAAGAUGACUGGAGGCUUUAAAGACACAUUAGGAAAAGGAGGCUUUGGGGCAGUGUAUAAAGGAAAGCUUC